UCCCCAAAAAGGCAAGCAAGGCGGGGUGGCUCUGCGCAUGUUCACCGCUCUGAGGCUGGGUGGUGGCGCGCUAAUUCCAAAGCGUGAACCAAGCGGGAGGCUGAACAGGCGGGAGGCGACAGCAGAAAGGAAGCGCCAUGGUCCGCCCCUUAAACUCCAUAGCCGCCGUGUGCCAGAACAUGGGCAUCGGGAAGAACGGAGACCUCCCUUGGCCCCCACUCAGGAAUGAGUUUAAGUAUUUUCAGAGAAUGACUAUGACAACCACUGUAGAAGGUAAACAGAAUGCAUUGAUAAUGGGUAAGAGGACCUGGUUCUCAAUUCCUGAGAAGAAUCGCCCCUUAAAAGACAGAAUUAAUAUAGUGCUUAGCAGAGAGCUCAAGGAAACCCCAAAAGGAGCAGAUUACCUUGCCAAAAGUCUGGAUGAUGCUUUAGUUCUUCUGGACUCACCAGAGUUAAAAAGUAAGGUAGACAUGGUUUGGAUCAUCGGAGGCAGUUCUGUUUAUAAGGCAGCAAUGGAGAAGCCAGUUCACCAGCGAUUGUUUGUGACAAGAAUUUUGCAGGAGUUUGAAAGUGACACAUUUUUUCCAGAAAUUGAUUUGAAGAAAUACAAACAUCUCCCAGAAUAUCCAGGAGUCCCUGCUGAUGUCCAGGAAGAGAAUGGCAUCCGGUACACUAUCUAUUGCACAAUUGAUUAUUUACUUUUCUACUAUACAUUUUCAGUUUUCCUUAGAAAGUCUUGAAGUGUGCUAAAAGGACAAACAUAUGUAUUUCUGCUAUAAUUUAAAUAAUAAUUACUUUCACACAAUAUUUUAUAUUUCCUUCAUAUGAAAGAAAUCCACAUCCUUCAUUUGUUGAAUUUGCCAUUUGGCAAGAUGGCUACGGUGGCUGAAUGCAGAUCGAUAAAAAUAACUUCUCAGAAAAAAAGCUUUAUAGUAAAAUCUUGAGUGGUUUGUGUAUGGAUUUCAAAUAUGAGCCUUUAAACACAGAAAAUAACUGCUGAUGUCUUGACAUGAUAAUAUACACUUUUUGUCUUAAUCAAAAAACAGAAUCCUUGACCAGAAUUUAUUACAUAGGAACAGGUAUUUUAUAACAUGGAUUAGGAGGAGUCCUUUGCUACAGUCUGAUUAUACUGAUAUGCCUAGUGCUACAAUGUCAUAUUGUCUAGAUGUGUAUUCUUUUACAAUCUUUAGUUUUGGUACCAGUACACACAUCUGAGGGGGAAAAAUAAACUCUAGACAUUCCCAUACUAUAUUUGGGCCACAUGGUUCACUCUACAAGAAGCAAAAUGCUGACAAGAGUUAAUAAAUGCUAUGAGUCAGAUACUUAACUGGUGUAAAGCCAUGUAGCUCUAAUGAACUAGCUUAGGCUGUAGCCCUAUCACUUGGCUUAUAGUACAGGAAAUUUAAAGGUAAAUUCUGCCAACAGACAUGUCAGUGGAGCAAGAUUUUAUUUAUUUAUUGUGCAACAUACUCUAAUAUUAUUUGAAAGACCCAUGUGCCCUCACUUGUGGCUAUUACUCAUGCAAGUAAUCCUACUGUCUUCAGUAGGACUAAAGAUAAAAGAUAUUGGGACACCCACCUUCUAUCAGACAACUUCCAUUGGUAAGACAGACAAGCUUUCAAGCUUAUACAGAGCUCUUCUUCGGGUCUAGGAAAUGUACUCAGAGUGGACUAGUUCUUUAAGUGUUAUAGGAUUGGGUUAUUUUUUAUUUAAGCUACUAAAAAAAUACACCAAACACCAGAGAGAAAAUAUCGGUCCUGAAAGCCAAACGCGUAAAUUAAAAAUGUUACAUUUAUUUAAAAGACACAGGGGAUGAAGUUCAUGCCCAGUGUUACUCCGCUGAAGUAAAUGAAGUAACACCAGUGUAAAUGACAGGAAAAUCAGGCCCAAAAGUUUCACUUGAUGCAAUCAACAUUACAAAAAUGGUUCAAAGAUAGUUGAGUAUAACUUACAUAAAUUACAUGAUGAAUGGAAAACUUGGUGUCUAUAAAUAGACAGAGAGUACCAAUAUAAUUCCAUGUAGAGCUUCUAAUGGCUUUGUACUCCAGACAGAGUGGUGGUUUAUCAUCAGGAUCUCAAAAGAGAAUUGUUACCUUUGAUUAUGUUUUGAUUCUUUUUGUUCAAGAUAUGGCUUUCCUCUGUACUCUGCUACUGCUCUUCUCUCUUUAGCCUUCUCAGAUGGUGGCUACAGCUCUUUAGACAUCCUUUCCCUUUCAUUUUUUUAAACAAGCAAGUUAAUUUUGUGUAAAAACUGAUUCUUGAAAAUAUUUUAUUAACAGUUUAUUGAUUCAUUACUGUCAAAUGUUCUAUUACAGUAAAAUAUGUAUAUUUAUACAUAAAAUGUUAAAGUGUAUUAUUCUACACAAAUAAGCAAUUAACUCUUGCAAUGUUAACUUCACAUCUUUUUAUUCACCAUAACUAAACCAAAAUAAGGAACAGUAUUAAGAAUGGUUUACUUUAAAGAAAUAAUGUAUAUUUUUGUGUUUAUAUGCUUGUUUCUAAAGUAUGAUGAAUAAGUGGUAAGUUUAAUAGUUAUUUAUAAAUUCUUUAACUAUUCAAGAGAAGAAUGGCUCCACUUUUCCUUUGAAGAAGCUCUUGGUACUGUGUGGGUAAUAUUUAAAAGGAGCUAAAAAGGUAGGAGUGCUAUGGAUCAUCCAAAAGACAAAUAAGUGGAAUGGACUGAUAAUAAACAUUGACAUCAUCUUUAUAAUAAUAUGUAUACUUACAGUAACUUAACUAAUACUUCCUCAACACUGCUAUAUUCCCUUAUUUGAUAUGUCACCCUUUCUUGGUUUUAAUAUAACAAACAACAUAGUAGCAAUUAUUAUGUUUAUAUUUAUUAAAACGUAGCUAAAAAGGAACAAAAAUAUGCAAAAUACUUCUAACAAAUCUAACAAUAUUCCUAAAAGUUCACUUUUCCGAACUGUUGAAGUAGUUUAUUCUUUCUUUUUAAAAAGACUCUUAUCUCUGCUAU